UGUUUCCUCCCGGAAGUCAAGCUCUUCCAGAUUUCUCCAGAUUUAAGUUUGCUGCUGCCUCGGACGCUGGUACUUGGGGUGUGGCACCUUCCUGCUUCAGGCAACCAAGCAGUGAAGGAGGAAGAGUGAGUAGGCUUCGAGAGACGGGAAAAGCUUCGGGCGCCAAGCUUCUAUUCGCACUUUCUUCUCGAAGCCGCCCUGAGAGCAAGGUUCAUCAUAGUCAAGAUUCAAUACCCAGAAUAUUGAAGUUUAAGCAUCAACCAUGAAAUGAAAAAUUUCCCCAAUGUACAACAGAGAGACCAGUCCUCCUAGUGCUCAUGGUUCUCUUCUCUUCUCCAGCUCUGAUUUCUGAAGACUCUGACCUUUUCCAGGCAGUGGGAGCAUUGAGGCAGGGGAAUGGCCCCUAUACACCUGCCCAAUAAGGAUUAUCAGGAAUCAGUAACAUUCAAGGAUGUGGUUGUGGACUUCACCCCAGAGGAGUGGAGGCACCUGCAUCCCUCUCAGAAGGUGCUCUACUGGGAUGUGAUGCUGGAGAACUACCAGAACCUGGUCUGGCUGGGACUAGCAGUUUCCAAACCAGACAUGAUUGACAAGUUGGAGCGAGGGGAAGUGGUUGGAAUGUCAGAGGGAGAUGGCUCAAGCAGUACUUGUCCAGAUUGGGACACUGAGCCUAAAACCAAGGAAUUCAUUCAAAAGAUUGCUCUCUCCAUUGAAGAGCCAUUCCAAGAAAGAAUUCAAGAUGGUAAUUUUCAUGUCUCCAAGUCUGGUGAAGCCUGGAAAUGUGUUUUAUUAGGGAAACAGCAGAGCACUGAGGAGAAACUUUUGGGACAUGUACAAAUCUUGGAAAUGAUGACUCCCAAUCAAGUAAAAGAACAUGAAGAUAAAAAAUAUAAUGAAGGCUUUUGCCAAAGAGCAAGCCUUUUCCCACAACAUAAGAUGCCUCUUGGAAGGAAUCUUCUUCAUCAGUCUGAUAUAGAGCAAAGAAGAGUCAGAUUGUGUUCAUACCUGAAUGAACAGACAAGAAUUUCCUUAAAGAAGAUGUUUUCUAGGUAUAAAGAGUAUGAGAAAUUAUUCAGUUAUGAAUCAGACCUUAAUGAAAAUCAUAGUCAUCAGAGUGGAGAGAAAGCACAUUUAAAGAAUGAAUGUGGUCAGACUUUCUCCAGUAGCAUAAACAUCACUCAGAAUCAGAGAAUUCAUAAUGUAGAAAAAUAUUAUAAAUGUAAUAAAUGUGGGAAAGCUUUUAGCCAGAAGAUAGAGUUUAUCAGACAUCAGAGAAUUCAUAUUAGAGAAAAACCAUAUGCAUGUAAUGAGUAUAAAAAGGUCUGCCCACAGAAAACUGACCUUACUAUCCAUCAUAGAAUUCAUACUGGAGAAAAACCUCAUGAAAGUAAUGAAUGUGGUCAAGCCUUCAAACUGAAGAGAACACAUAUUGAAAAUCAGAAUAUUCUUGUGGGCAAAAAACCAUUUGAAUGCAAUGAAUGUGGAAAAGCCUUUAGUCAGAAGGCAGGACUUAAUGGACAUCAGAACAUUCAUACAGGAAAGAACACUUACAAAUGUAAUGAAUGUGGAAAGAACUUUAGUCAAAAUUCAGGACUUAUCUACCAUCUGAGAAUUCAUACAGGAGAGAAACUUUUCAAAUGUGACGAAUGUGGGAAAGCCUUUAAUAAGAAAAUAGGACUUAGGAGUCAUCAGAAAAUUCAUUCUGGAGAGAAACCAUAUCAAUGUAAUGAAUGUGGGAAGGCCUUUAGUCAUAAGGCAGGACUUACUUGCCAUGAGAAAAUUCAUACUGGAGAGAAACCAUAUCAAUGUAAUAAAUGUGGUAAGGCUUUCAGCAGAAAAUCUGUUCUUACUGAUCAUCAGAAAAGUCAUACAGGAGAAAAACCUUAUCAGUGUAAUGAAUGUGGGAAAGCUUUCACCAGGAGGACUAUCCUUACUCAACAUCAGAAAAUUCAUACUGGAGAGAAACCUUAUAAAUGUAAUGAGUGUGGGAAAGCCUUCAGUCAGAAAAUAGGACUGACAUGCCAUCAGAAUAUUCAUACUGGAGAGAAGCCUUAUGAAUGUAAUGAUUGUGGUAAAGCCUUCACUCAAAAGACAGGACUCACAAGACAUCAGAAAAUUCAUACUGGAGAGAAACCAUAUCAGUGUAAUGAAUGUGGGAAGGCCUUUAAUCAGAAGAGAACACUUACUGAACAUCAAAAUAUUCAUACUGGUGAGAAACCUUAUGAAUGUAAUGAAUGUGGGAAAGCUUUCAAUCAGAAGAACACACUUAUUGAACAUCAGAAUAUUCAUACUGGAGAGAAACCUUAUGAAUGUAAUGAAUGUGGGAAGGCCUUCAAUCAGAAGAAAAAACUUACUAAGCACCAGUAUAUUCACACUGGAGAGAAACCUUAUGAAUGUAAAGAAUGUGGGAAAGCCUUUAGUCAGAAGAGAACACUUAUUGAACACCAAAAUAUUCAUACGGGGGAGAAACCUUAUGGAUGUAAUGAAUGUGGGAAAGCCUUUAGUCAGAAAACAGGACUUACUAAACAUCAGAAAUGUCAUACAGGAGAAAAACCUUAUCAGUGUAAUGAAUGUGGGAAAGCUUUCACCAGUAGAACUAUCCUUACUCAGCAUCAGAAAAUUCAUACUGGAGAGAAACCUUUUAAAUGUAAUGAAUGUGGGAAAUCCUUCAGUCAGAAAAUAGGACUGACAUGCCAUCAGAAUAUUCACACUGGAGAGAAGCCUUAUGAAUGUAAUGAUUGUGGUAAAGCCUUCACUCAAAAGACAGGACUCACAAGACAUCAGAAAAUUCAUACUGGAGAGAAACCAUAUCAAUGUAAUGAAUGUGGGAAGGCCUUUAAUCGGAAGAAAACACUUACUGAACAUCAAAAUAUUCAUACUGGUGAGAAACCUUAUGAAUGUAAUGAAUGUGGGAAAGCUUUCAAUCAGAAAAACACACUUAUUGAACAUCAGAAUAUUCAUACUGGAGAGAAACCUUAUGAAUGUAAUGAAUGUGGAAAAGCCUUCAAUCAGAAGAAAAGACUGACUAAGCAUCAGUACAUUCACACUGGAGAGAAACCUUAUGAAUGUAAAGAAUGUGGGAAAGCCUUUAGUCAGAAGAGAACACUUAUUAAACACCAAAAUAUUCAUACGGGGGGAGAAACCUUAUUGAUGUAAUGAAUGUGGGAAAGCCUUUGGUCAGAAAACAGGACUUACUAAACAUCAGAAAUGUCAUAGUGGAAAGGAACCAUAACAAUGUGGGAGGGCCUUCACCAGGAGGACAAGACUUACUUGACAUCAAAAAAUUCAUACCAGAGAAAAACCAUAUCAGUGUAAUCAGUGUGGGAAAGCUUUUAGCAGGAAGACAAUUCUUACUGAACAUCAGAAAACCCACAGGGGAGAGAUUUCUUCAGAAUGUAGGAAGGCCUUCAGUUGGAAAACAACCCUUGAACAUCAAAAA